AUGGAGACUUGGGGGACCCUUUGCGGACUAUUCGCCGCGGUGCUUAGCAUGAUGCUCGACGUGGCGUUGUUCUGGAAAGAACGAUUACUCUCCUGGUGGAGAUCCAAGUCUCCCCAGAAGCGACUGCAGCAUGCUCUGGCUACAGCACGCACCUUUGAGGAAUGGGAAGAAGCUGCUUUCGAACUGGAUGAGCUCCUCAGCAUGGACCUAUGGCGUCAGAAUCAUACUAGCCGGCAUUACGACUACCGGCUAAUUGCAGGUAGAUUGGAGUCUCUCAUGAACGCUCGAGCGGAAGAGGAUAUCUUGAAUCUAGUUAACCUCCUGCGGUCCGGGUUACUUCGCAAUCUAGGCAACAUCACCUCUCCCAAUAUGUUUCUGCACGCCUAUGCCGGCACCAAACUUCUCAUCGAUGACUAUAUCACGCAAGUCGCGCUCUCCAUUCAGCAAGUCACGGCCCUUCAGACUGCCCCGAUCCACGACAGUGGUUUCACCUCGCAAGCAAAGCUCGAACUUCUGCACGAUACCCGGCAGGCGUUCGGCAGAACGACCCUACUUCUACAAGGCGGGUCCAUCUUUGGACUGUGUCAUCUCGGAGUGGUAAAGGCCCUCCAUUUGCGUGGUCUCCUGCCAAGGAUAAUCACCGGAACAGCGACUGGGGCACUCAUCGCGGCCCUGGUGGGCGUUCAUACCGAGGAUGAACUGCUCACGUUCCUCGACAGCGACGGGAUCGAUUUGAGCGCCUUCGAUCGUCGGCGGAGGAUGAAGACGCCUGGCGAAGACAGUUGGUGGCUGCCGUCUGAUCUCGAAGACAGUUGGCUGGGGACUCUAUUCCGACGGAUAAAGCGGUUCAUCCAGAAGGGUUAUUUCUUCGAUGCGGAGGUCUUAGAGGAAUGCGUGCGCGCCAAUCUUGGCGACCUGACAUUUGAAGAAGCUUAUGCCCGGUCCAAGCGCAUCCUGAAUAUCACGGUUGCUACAUCGAACAAGAAUGCGAGCCCGAAUCUGUUGAACUACCUGACUGCCCCGAAUGUGUUAAUCUGGUCUGCCGCUGUAGCUUCCAACGCCUCCAACACCUCGUUCUACCAGCCAGUCACGAUAUACUGCAAAGAUGAAACCGGUUCAAUUGUGCCUUGGCCGCAUUCUCGGGACGCAACCUUUCAAUCCUGGCGUCACGUCCACUACAACGACGGGGAAUCACCACUGGCCCGGAUUGCCGAGCUAUUCAACGUCAAUCAUUUCAUUGUAUCGCAGGCGCGACCAUACCUGGUCCCGUUCCUGCGGUCGGACUUGAACCUGCUAGACCGGCGCCCAACCGGCCAGUGGAACAUCACGCAGACUCUGAUGCGUCUCAUCAUAGCGGAGAUCCGCCACCGUCUCCGACAGCUGGAUUACCUUGGUCUACUCCCGACCACUCUCGCACGGCUCCUCAUUGAGGAGACCAUCCCCGGACCCAAUCUCACCCUCGUGCCUGAUCUCUCCUUGAUGGAUUUCACCAAACUCUUCCAGAACCCAAACAAAGACAGUCUUGCCCACUGGUCCCUGAAAGGGGAACGGGGCGUCUGGCCCGCCGUGAGCGCGCUAAAAGUGCGCUGCGUCAUUGAGAUCGAGCUUGACAAGAGCUACCAGAUUGUCCGCCGCCGCCGACCCGCAGAGAACGCAUCCACCACGCCGCGUCGCGUACCCAACGAGGGACUCCCGCGUCGACGCCGAGGAUACAGCAUUGACUACGCCAGAGAUGCGAUGAACUUCUCGGGCAGUUUAGACUGUCAAGAUGAUUCCAAUUAUUGA